GGUCAUUCUGCGUGUCUGGAUGGACGUUUCCGUGCCCUCUACCAUCCCUCAAAGUGCCUCAGCAAAUUUCGCGAAAUGUCCAUAAAGUGGCGGAAAAACUGACUCGCUCAGUUUGCUGUGUCUCUUGGCCAAGGCACGCUAAUUUAUCGUCCCAAGACAUUCAGGGACACUCACGUGUAGUACAAAACCCUCACUGCAUAGACGCCACAAGUCAUCUAAGGCAGCAAGACACAGCGAGCUAUCCCUAUUCCCCAUGCACCGAGCCACCCUAUCUCUUGUCGUCUCCGCCUUUGCUCUCUUCCGCAGCUGCCUUGGUGACAUCAUGCCACGCCGGCGGCAGAUCUCUGCACUGUAGCCCACUCCGUCUGUGUGCGCUCCUGUCGUCCAUAAGGCACUCCCACACCUGCGGGCAGUCCUUGGCCGUCCGCUCACUGCCCGGCCUCACAAUGCCCCAGCACAGCGUCUCACGGGACAAUGGCUGCCACUCAAUCGGUCUGUCCAUCGCGGCAAGGGCUUCGCGCGGUGGGGGCUUCGGCAAGAGCUGAUAAGUCCCCAGAUCGUAUGCUACCCUCAUCGAAGGGACGGCCAGAACCCGGUGGAAGCCGUUUCUCGCAAAGUCCUUGCAGAGGAGUGAGCACUCGGACGCAGAGCAUUCUCUGUCGACGGGGCAGCCGACGACGCCAUCGCGGCUUCGGCGAAAGCGAACGUCGUGUGCGAUGAAGGGGAUGGGGCUGAGAGCAGCAGCGCCGUUCCAGCAGCAGCCCACUUGAAGAGGCUUGCCGCUUUGAAGCUCCCGCAUGCUCGAAGGAGCGAAUGAGCCCCAUGGAUUGCCACCUCUGUCUCGAAACACCCACUGAAACAGCCACACAAGGACACCUUGCAGUUGAUGUGUGGGCUGAUGCGUUCCUUCCGGAGACCCACCGUGUCGUAGAAGUCGACAGUUCUCCGAUUGCGGUCGGCGGUCUUAUAGUCCAUCCCACACGCGAUGUCCGCCUCGUUGAGCAGCGACUGGUGCAGCAGCUCUAUGAUGUCGUGCUCGCAGAAGUAAAUGUCGUUCAAGAAGAGGAUCCGAUCAUACGUGGCCACACCGGCCUCCCUGAUCAAAGGCUGCAAAGCGCGGUUGCGCACCUUGGCGAGGUACUCAAUGCGGUGAACGUUCUUGGGCUUCUCCUCUGCGUCGGUGACAACACUAUGCGCCAAGCCAUACGCAGUCAGCACCUCAUCCAGCACCCGCAGCAGCUCUUUUGUCCUGUCGUGGCUGCCAUUCUCAUAAAUAGAGAUGCCGACGUUUCUGGGUCCAAGGAAGUCGACAGCCUUCAGCAGCUGCAGCAUCCAGUCAGACAGCACGGGCUGGUUGGUGUAGAGAUUCGCGGCAAAGAAGAUCCUCCUCCCCAACAGAGUGCGGUUGUAUCUGCCCCAGUCUCUAUCUGCCGCCUGCGCGGCACAAAUCUGCUCCAGAGCAUAGGCUUGAGGGCCCAGCCGUUCCUUCAACAACACAUCCGCUGGCUUGUGUCCGCCACUCGUGUCAUCCCGUGGCUUCUUGAGCGAAGUAGGGAUGCGCAAGUGUGAGCCACAAAGUCGUGGAAGGUGGCGAAUUCUGUGCUCGACUCCUGCAGCUGUAGCUGCUGUGUUGCAUCGUUCGGCCGCGCCAUUGGCAGCCGCUGUGCCGGGUCCGAGGUGUUUGCGGUGGAUGAAACGGCCCCGUGUGGCGAGAUGUUCACUCUCUGCAGUCUGACCCCCUCCAAUGCCGAUGAGGCCGGCCUGAUGACAAGGGGGAGAAACUGUCAUUAACCGUAACACUCGUCUG